AUGGACAAGCGAACUACAAGUAGGACAACAUCCUCAACUCAACAGCCAACACAUCUGGACCUUGCCGAGUAUCAGGCGGAAUGGGCUAGGAUUCAUGAGAAUACUGUCAGACAGCUUGAGCAGCUGAAAGCAAACGGACAAUCUGGAAAGGGCUCGGGAGCAGGGUCCCAGCGAUCUCCCUCGAAUCAGUCUCCCAGCUGA